UACUAACAGUACGUUACGCCGUUUUUCCUGGAUUCCGGACUUCACUUUUGCAUUCACUGGUGGAUUAUUUAUUAUUAAUAUACAUGUUUUCGCGUCAGCCUGGUUUUAAUGUCAGGAUGUCGUGGUAUCUAUGGAUAGAAACAGGAUGAGCUGCAUCAGCGCUCCUUGACGUAAAGGUUAAUCAUCCGGCGAUCACCUUUUCUUGGAUUUAAGACAUGGGAUCCCAGGUGUUGCAAAUUCUCCGGCAGGGGGUUUGGGCCUCCCUCACUGGAGGGUGGUUUUUUGAUCCCCAUCAGAGCACCUUCUCCAACUGCUUCCACCUUUACGUUUGGCUGUUUCUUCUUAUCCUACCCUUUCUUCUGUACAUGGCUCUGCAACCCACAAUUCUGAUAGCUGGAAUCUACUGUGCAGUGGUAGCAGUUUUCUUUGCGGUGAUAAAAACUGUGAAUUACCGACUCCAUGCUAUGUUUGAUCAAGGGGAGAUUGUAGAGAAGAAGAAUUCCUCUUUGACAACAGAUGGUACGAAGACCGAGGAGGGUGAGGGGGCUGCAGCUGAUGACACAACUCUCCAAAGGGAUCCUGGGGGAGGAGUGGAAAUGACAGUAUUUCGGAAAGUGAAUUCAACUCCUCCUGUACGUUGCAGCUCACAACAUUCUGUAUUUGGGUUUAACCAGGUUUCGGAGUUACUGCCACAGCUAGAAGAUCCAGGAGGGUUGAAAGACAUAAAGGAUCUGGUACGAGAGCAAGGUAGUAAUAAUGUAAUUGUGACUUCAGCUGACAGGGAAAUGCUGAAACAGAUUUCUCAGGACAAUAUCGGUGAACAGGCAUCACAGAAAGGCCAUGACCCAGCAGCAGUCACUGAUGUAUCUUUUCAUUCAGAAGUGGAAGGUCAUCACAUGUCAGCAGGCUGUUCAAGAAAACCACCAACUGCUCUUCCUCUCCUCACACCUCCAGGCAAUCAAAACAUGGACCCCCAAUCUGAGCCCUCUGAGACAGCAGGAGUAGGGUCGCUCAAGAUCUUUUCACCUGUGGGAGUAUCUGAGCACAGCAGCAGCUGGAACCCUGUUGAGUCAGAUAGCUUGGCUGAUACUCCUUUGAGUCCCUUAAUCAAAAGUAGCCUUAGUGAAGAGCUGAAUCUUCCACUGUCUGAUGGGAAGAUACUAAGGACUAGUAGUACAAAAGAAAAGAGGAAACUGAGUGAUUUUAGGACACUGGAGUCUGACAGAUCAGAAGACAGUCUGAAAAAUCUGGCAGCAGUAAAAGCUGGGUCCACAGACAGUUGUUUUAGUGGAACAGAUAAGGAAACUUUGAGUACACUUAGCAGUUACAAAAGUGAGAAAACCAACUCUACCCAGUUAGAAAGUCCUUCCCUUGGCCACUCCUCAGGCCCAGGUGGUACAUCUGCUGAAGAGGACUUGCAAGGACAUUAUGCAAAAGAUUGCACAGGAGCGAAAGAGGGGAGUGACACAGAUGCACUUUCAGACAGUGAGCUUUUAAAAUCACCAGAUCAUGGUGAUUUAUUUAGUGAUUUAGCCGAGCUGAGUUUUGUCAGCCAGAACAGUGAUACCCAGAAUACACUAAUAUCCUCUGAUACUGUAGUUCAAAUUGACCCUUUGGACCAGGGGUCAUUGGAUGUACCUUCUAGUACAGUUCAACCUGAUAUAACCACCACAAGUGCUUUAGCUGACACGGCAAUGGUAGCAGACACUAAAUUCAGGACUAAGGACCUACAGAAUGGCUUAAACUUGAUUGCUUGUGUGAUAAAUAGUGGAAUAGGGGCUUCAGAACCUAUUCUUCCAGACCUGGAAAUUAGUUCAGGGUUUUCUGCUGACAUGGAACAGGUGGUAAGACCAAAGGAUCUGAACUCAUUAAAACGGGGCUCUGGGCACAAGUCAAGCAGGAAAAAGCCAUCAAGAAAACGGGGAAGUAGUAGUUUUGACUGCGGCUACCACAGGGAAUAUGUGCCUAUUAGGACCAUAUUGGGCAGUAAAGCAUACAGUGAAUGCUUUUUUGAGGAUGAGGACUCUAGUGAUGCUAGUGACAUUAGUAGAACAUCUAGUUUGCAUUCCCAGCACAACUAUAGCAGUGACAGCUCUUCUAGUACAUCUUGUUGUUCUCCAGAGGUUGAAAGAGUGAAUGUACAGCACAAAAGAGCAGCACCCAAGGCAGAGUCUGAGUCUGCCCUUCCUGAUGGAAAUGGAAGCAAAAGGACGUUCCCUCAUAGAAGUUCAAGCACUGCCAGUGCUAAAACGCAUGCCCGUGUUCUCAGUAUGGAUGGUGCCACAACAGCCAAUGUUAAUGAGCAAAUAAAACCUACAGGUGCUGAAGCUGUAAGAGGCUUAGUAAUGUCAAAGUCUGACUUGGAAGCAAGGGGUGGAGAUUUGAUGACUCAGAAUGGGUUUGGACACAGACUUGAAUCGAUUGGCAGUGCUUGGAAUCAGUCUGCUAACCAAGCAGGGUGGAGAGCAGGAUUAGUGGAGGAGGGAGCAAUUGGUGGUGCUGCUGUGGUUGAAGAACAAGUAAAAAGAGAUCAUCCCAGCAGUGUGAAGAGGACACAGGCAAUGAGAAGAAGACACAAUGCUGGAAGCAACCCAACGCCACCAUCUUCCAUAAUGGGCUCCCCUCCAAGUUUACAGGAUGUUCAGAGGAGUCGUGCCUCCUCACAUUCACGUGCACUGACUCUUCCAUCUGCACUACAGUUUGCCAGCUCAUUUCUUCUGCCAAGAGGUGCCAUUCACGAAGCCUCCCACUUUGAUGAUACAUCAGAGGGUGCUGUGCACUACUUCUUUGAUGAGAGUGGGGUGAGGAGGUCAUACACGUUUGGACCUGCUGGUGGUGGUUUUGAAAAUCCUGUGGCACAGCAAGUUAGCCUGGAGCACAUUCCAAGCAAUGCCUGGGAGCAUCAUUCACACUCGUCUAGCUUUACCUCUGCAGAUGUUCCAGAAGGAACACCAGGACUUUCUUUGCUGCAGCCACAGGCAGUAGGCUUACAGGGUAUGCAGGUUCGCAGGGUACCAUUAGAAAUACCAGAGUUUGAUCUUCUAGAUCAGGAAUCUCUUCAUGAAUCGCAGGAGAACACUCUGAUGAUUGAAGACAAAUCCAAGCCCAAGCAAUAUUAUAAGUAUUGGUUGUUUCCUGGAAAGUGGGUCAGAGUACACUAUGACAGGCUUGCACUGUUUGCUCUCCUCGAUCGAAAUCGACGGCCAUUCGAAAACAUCUUUGUUGUCUGCCUUGCAAGUUUGGUGGCAUUCCUAGGCUUCAUGUUACUUAUUGAAGGCUUUUUCAGGGAUAUCUGGGUGUUUUUAUUUUGCUUGGUCAUUGCCAGCUGCCAGUAUUCAUUACUGAAGAGUGUUCAGCCUGAUGCUGCUUCUCCUAUGCAUGGUCACAACUGGAUCAUUGCGUACAGUCGACCUAUCUAUUUCUGUGUCUGCUGCACUUUGAUUUGGGUAUUUGAUUUUGGCAGUAGAAGUAACUUCGUUGGUCCAGUCACUUUGUAUGGAGUUACCUUCUUUUCUCCCAAUUUCUUCCUUUCUGCCAGGGAUGUUGUUACAGUGUUCACACUGUGUUUUCCUUUCAUCUUUCUGUUUGGACUUUUACCGCAAGUGAAUACAUUUCUCAUGUACCUCUUGGAACAGGUGGACAUGCAUGCUUUUGGGGGUACUGCUACGACCAGCCCUCUCUCUGCAUUGUACAGCAUUGUCCGGAGUCUUCUUGUUGUAGCCCUUCUUUAUGGUUUCUGCUGUGGCGCAAUUGAGCACACUUGGGCUGCCCAGCAGACACCAAUCCUAUUUUCUGUGUUUUGUGGACUUCUGGUUGCCUUAUCCUAUCACCUUAGUCGUCAGAGUAGUGACCCCACAGUGCUCUGGUCCCUGAUUAGAUCCAAGUUUUUCCCAGAUUUGGAUAGUAAACAUGUGGAUGAUCCACUGUUGGAAAUAAAAGAUCCUCUUCCAGAUAAACUCCGCAGCUCAUUAACUGAAAUCUUACAUUCUGAUGUGGUGAUGUGUUUCGUGAUCGCAGUUAUAACAUUUGCUAUAAGUGCUAGCACUGUCUUCACUGCACUUGAGCCCAUCUUACGCAUUGUUCUUUGCAUCCUUGCUGGAAUGGUUGGAUUUGUAGCACACUACCUCUUUCCUCAGUUGCGGAAACAACUACCAUGGUUUUGGUUUUCUCACCCCAUGCUGAAAUCUCAUGAAUACAGUCAUUUUGAAGUCCGUGAUGCAGCCCAGUUGAUGAUGUUUGAGAAGAUAUAUGCCUGGCUUCAGUGUGCAGAGAAGUAUUUCAUCUAUCCAGCUGUGAUUCUGAGUGCUCUUACAACUGAUGCAGCAGAGUUCCAGCCUUCCAAGCCGAAAGUUUACUGGCAUGCACUGUUGAUCACUGUGGCGGGAAUGAAACUUCUGCGGUCUGCCUUCUGUUGUCCGGCACAGCAGUAUGUGACACUCAGCUUUACCAUUCUUUUCUUUAAUGUGGAUUACAACAGGUUCUCUGAAGGCUUCUUGGUUGACUACUACUUCAUGUCUGUUCUCUUCAGCAAGCUGUGGGAUUUACUGUACAAACUUCGUUUUGUGAUGACCUACAUUGCUCCCUGGCAGAUUACGUGGGGUUCUGCCUUUCAUGCCUUUGCUCAGCCAUUUGCAGUACCACAUUCUGCUAUGCUUUUCAUCCAGGCAGUUUUGUCAGCUGUGUUCUCUACUCCACUGAAUCCUGUUCUUGGUAGUGCUGUUUUUAUUACAUCAUAUGCCAGGCCUGUGAAAUUUUGGGAGAGGGAUUAUAACACCAAAAGAGUGGAUCAUUCAAACACAAGACUGGCUACGCAACUGGACAGGAAUCCAGGGGCAGAUGAUAACAAUCUAAACUCAAUAUUUUAUGAACAUCUUACUCGUUCACUUCAGCAUAGCCUGUGCGGUGACCUCCUCCUUGGACGAUGGGGGAAUUAUAGCACAGGAGAUUGCUUCAUCUUGGCCUCAGAUUACUUGAAUGCUCUGGUACAUCUCAUUGAGAUUGGCAAUGGCCUGGUUACCUUUCAGCUUCGUGGACUUGAGUUUAGAGGUACUUACUGUCAGCAGAGGGAGGUGGAAGCAAUCACUGAGGGAGUGGAAGAAGAUGAAGGGUGUUGUUGCUGUGAGCCAGGACACCUCCCUGGGAUGCUUUCUUUCAAUGCUGCCUUUGGUCAGAGAUGGCUGGCCUGGGAAGUAGCUGCAACAAAGUAUGUUCUGGAAGGUUACAGCAUCAGUGACAACAAUGCAGCAUCCAUGUUACAAGUGUUUGACUUGAGAAAGAUACUCAUCACUUACUAUGUAAAGAGCAUAAUAUACUACGUGAUUCAUUCUGUGAAACUAGAAGACUGGCUGAGUAAUGAAACCAUACAGGAAUCUCUGAGACCCUGUGUUGCACCAAACUAUGUUGAUAGUGAUCCGACUUUUAACCACAACAUUGAUGAAGAUUAUGACCAUGUGAUGGGAGGAAUCACACUGUCUUCAUUCUGCAAUGUAUACCUUAACUGGAUCCAGUAUUGUGGAACCCGUAGAGACAAGACUUUGGACAGUGAAUUGAAUUCUUUACUUGUUACCCUGUGCUUUGGACUCUGUAUUCUGGGACGUAGAGCAUUAGGAACAGCCUCGCACAGUAUGUCUGCCAGCAGUUUGGAACCCUUCCUUUAUGGACUGCACGCAUUGUUUAAAGGGGACUUCAGAAUCACCUCCCCAAGAGAUGAGUGGGUGUUUGCAGAUAUGGACCUCCUGCACAGAGUAGUAGCCCCUGGAGUGAGAAUGUCAUUAAAACUACAUCAGGAUCACUUUACAUCUCCUGAUGAAUAUGAUGACCCAGCUGUAUUGUAUGAUGCCAUUACAUCCAAUGAAGAGAAGAUGGUCAUUUCUCAUGAGGGUGAUCCUGUUUGGCGUAAUGCCAUCCUUACAAAUACCCCAUCCCUUCUUGCUUUGCGACAUGUUAUGGAUGAUGGAAGUGAUGAAUACAAGAUAAUUAUGUUAAACAAGCGCUACCUCAGCUUUAGGGUGAUCAAGGUAAACAGAGAAUGUGUACGAGGUCUUUGGGCAGGGCAACAGCAAGAACUGGUGUUCCUACGUAAUCGCAAUCCAGAACGUGGGAGUAUUCAGAAUGCCAAGCAAGCACUACGAAACAUGAUCAACUCUUCCUGUGAUCAGCCUAUCGGUUAUCCUAUCUACGUAUCACCCCUUACCACGUCAUAUGCUGGGUCACACACACAGCUGCGAAGCAUCUGGGGAGGUCCAGUUAGUCUAAGAAACAUCUCCACGUGGUUCAUCAGUAGCUGGGAAAGGUUGCAGAAAGGUUGUGGAGCUGGCUGUAACAGUGGGGGAAACAUCGAAGAUUCGGAUUGUGGAGGCGGGUCUUCAUCAGUCAGCAACAACCCAACUGUCCAUGGCACACAAAAUAGCACCUCACAGACAGCAGCAGCAACAGCUGGAGUAGGGCCUUCAAACACUCAGCAGCCUCCAGUCACUACCUCUCAACCUCAGUCAGCUGGAAGUGACCAAAGCCUCCCAUUAGGACAUAAUUGGGCAGUUCGUCCCCAGCCACUUCAGUUACCACUCAUCCCUCAGUCAGAAGGUAGACGUGAAGGUGCUUAUCCUUUGCAGCGGACUUCCUCUAUUCAGGGGCUGUUGGGUCAAAGGUUAUCCAGCAGCCAAUUGUCAUUCAACAGUUCUGUGGUUUCCAUGGCAUCACAGGUGGACCGUUUUUCUACAGGUAGCCAACUAGAGAGCUCAGGGCAAGUUCGGGGACUUCAUCGAUCUGGUUUGGUUUCCUGUGGUAAUUUUACAUAUGAAGGACUGUAUGGAAAGUGGAGCCUUACAGGGAGAAAGGGAUUAAAUGGACUAACAUCAGUGGAUGCAGAUAACAGUUCAGUGACUCAGUCCAGCAGCAGUGUCAGCACAACAUUGGGCACCCCAGCCAAAGUAGCUAGCCCCAAGAGCCAGGCUGCUUCUCAACCUGUUGUUGAUAUGAGCCAAGCUUCAUCUGAUAACAGUCCUUCGUCACAAGGUGAGGCAGCAGCAUCUGUGGACAGUAACCAGAGUCCCAAAGAAGGUGUUUAUACCCAAGGUGACUGGGAACAAAAAGGAGAGAAACAAAGCCCAGCAGCACAGCCACUACUGGAACACCAAUACUGAUAAAUAUGUCACAGGAACCAUCAGUUAAACAGUAAAAAGCCAAAAACGUGACCUAAGUGGUUAAAUGAUACAUCUCAGUAAAUGGUUGCAAACGGAACUUUUUUAUUUUUAUUUUUUGCACAUAGUAUUAUGAAACCAAACUGAAAGAUUGACAGUUGUCCUCUACAACAUUGUGUAGAGUCAGCUUUGGGCACCAGCAAUCCCAAUGAACUGAGAAGUCCCCUGAAUUUAGGGGUUGAAGUUAGUGCACAUGUUCUGUUUUAUUUUUUAAAGUUUACAUAUUUUUGUAAUGUAUUAGUUUCAGUAAAUGACUUAGAAGUCAUCAUCAUUUUGAGCAUCGUGGCAUCAGGAUGUCAUGUACUCACUACAAUACUGCCCAGCCUGUGUGUGUCACAGCAGGGUAGAUGAGGGGGCACACAAUGGUCUGGUCCAUUGUCCUCUCUGUUACUAGACUGUCACUACGAAUAAACAGUGCUUUUGUACUUAUGAUUCUUAAGGCCAGUGACAGCAUAGCAGUUUGCAGUCCUAUCAAGCAGCCGCAAUAACAAGGCAUUGCUUUAAAAUGCCUCAUUCUAAUCUUUAGGUAUGCCUGAGUAUCUCUGCCUAACUUAAAUUAGAAACUUUUGGGGGUUUGGCAGAGGUUUGCAGUGAAGCACAGCUGUAGCAAAUGGAAGAGGCUGUUAAUUAUUUAAUUUGCAAAAAGGUGCAUUCCAGUUUUAUUUUGGAAUAUGAGAAGUAUCCCUUAGGCUGCUAACAUUCUUAAUCAGAUAUGCAUCCUGUAAAUUGAUUUUAUCUGUGUACACAAAGAUUAAACUUCAGCCUAUUUUGUAAGAGUAAAAAUUAAAUAUAGUCAUACAGUAAAAAUAGUUGCAAUAUCACAUGCAGGCAGCAUGGUAGUGUAUUGUACACACUGUGAUACAUCAAUGUUUCCUCCAUCAUCCAAUAUCCUUUCAUGUUCAUUAUUUUGUAAUCCUAUACUAUGCAGUUUCCUAUAAAGUGGUGCAUUUGUCUGUCAAAUAUAAUCAUAAAGGUGAAGUAGUGGCUUACUGCUGAGGAGUGAACUGUAAAAAUCCUACCAAAUGAAAUGCUGAUUAGCAGAUUUCUAUCAGUAUUGCUGCACUCAAGUUAACAGAAAAACAGCAGUUUGUUUUUCCUCUGAUCUCCUGCUGACCAAGGAAGCCUCUUGUUCAUUUAUCCCUGGAGUGAGAUCACUGUGGCCCAUUUAGUCAUCUACGUACAAGGCAUUUAAUCUGACAUACAAACCAGGAGCAGUGCUGUCAGUUGCUUGGGGACCAUGGUUUUCUUAUUGUCCUAACACCCGCAUACAAGUCUAGUAUUCAUUCUUUCCAGAGGAUGUGAGCAUAGCACAGGAUUGUCACUCAGUUCUGUGGUUGAUGUAAGCCUGCAGAUGACCUCAUUUCUUGUACUGUUUGUGUCUGGACUUGCACCCCACCACCUUUACUCUUGAAAGAGGCGAGUGGGCUUUGCCCGUUCAUUCCUCUCUCUCGCUCUCUUUUUUUCUCUCUCUUUCUGUCUCCUUAGGCAGCUCUAGCAGUUGACCUACCUGCUGAUCAGGUUUUGGUUGCCUGGGGAGUACUCAGGUCUUUAUCACUCUGUGUCAGUGGAGGUGGAAAAUUAACAGCAGUUUAAAUGUAGCUGAUUUGAUUAAAUAUGAUUUUCUGUCUCCCCAUUUAUAUUGCUGUUCAGCAUCUGAAAAACAGGACAUAGUUUUAAGGUUUUUUUUCUGGUGAGAGUGGUGAAUGUUAAUUGCUUUUUUAGAUGUAAAAGAGUGCAUUUAGAAUAGAGAUGAACUUUAGUUCUGGUCAUUGCAUUGCUUGGAGUCAAAUCAGUGCUGUCCUCUCUUCUCUGUGUAGAAGAUGUUUCAUUCUUGUCCGUCCUAGUUGGAAUGGCUUUUGAUUAGCUUUUCCCUAGUUCUUAACUUGAAUUUUGAAAUGCUGGUGUUGAACAGAAUAUAUAAAGCAUUUAUUUUUAUAGCAUCUGAGCAGAAAAUCUCAAAUCCCAUGCCUUUGCUUCUGGAACUUGACUAUUUGAUAACUUUUAAUAGGGACAUGGGUGCUUUCAAAACUCUGUUCUGCUAUCUUUUUUCCUUGAUUUACUUUGUUCUCUGAGCACUGCCGCCUUUUUCUAUUAGAAUCUCAUCUUACCCCCAGAACCAUAGCAAACAGUGUGCUAGAGGGGAAGGGGAUAGAACUGGGACAUCAUCCCUAUAUUGUUAAUGAAGAGCAAAGGGAUGAAAAAUCUGCAUCAUCACAGCACUAAUUCACCUGUGUCUUUAGUUUACUGUCCGUUGCUCUGAGGUGUUGUAUUCAGGUAUAGUAUGUCAGCAGUGAGGAUCACACAUUCUUAUCCAGUGUGUGUAUGUGUCCAUGCAAGUCUAAUAGUCUUUGCUAAGAAAUUCAUGUUUGCAUGAUCUCUUUUAGUUUUGUUUUCAUUUGAAAUAGUCUAUAUUGUUAAAUAUAGCAAGUUCAUGGGCAAGUAGCUUAAUUUUUACACAGUAUGUUUUAUGCCUUGAUUUUUGCACAAUCCUCCUCACCCUUUUGCCUUUUGCAGUUGAUUCUGUGUUGCUUUGAUGAACUUGUUUCCCCAGCUGUUUUCUUGUUUCUUCAGAUUUGUAGUUCCUUUAGAAAGACUUUGGAGUUGUUGCUUAGGAUAUUUAAAUUUUGCCAUUUUUCUUUUUCUUCUCAGAAAUCAUUCUGGAAAGCCAUUAUUUGAAUCUUCCAGCGUUUUAGUUGGAAACUAGGACCUUAAUUUAAUGUAGUUCAGCUGCUUUAUGUAGCAGUAAUGAAAAGUACCUCUUGCUGGGGAGACUUUGAUUUUGAAUGAUUAUGUGUGAAAUGUGUGAUUUUCUUUUGUUUUCGAAGAAGAAAAUUAGAAAUGCCAUUGCGUAGAGGAAUAUGCAUAAAUGCCUUUUACAGCCGACGGUCUUGUUUAUGUUUGUGUUGUGUAGCCAUUGUACUCCAUCUGCCAGUACUUUUUUGCUUUCUGGGUCCAUUUCCUUCUCCAAGAUGGAGGAAAAGAGCAAUACUUUAGGCUACUAUGUCAGCUGCCAUCUAAAAUAACGUUUAGCUACCUGAUUUUUCAGCACUUGGAGGUGUUGAUUUAGCCUUUCGUCAUUUUCAUUGUAGAGAUAUUUGCAAUUUCAGAAAAUUGGUUCCCUUUUUCACAUAACUUUAAGGCUACAGCUUUACAACAGAAAAAAUGUUAUACAGGUAAGCUCUUAGAUCUAACAGGAUUUAACCACUUUCUGACAUUUUAGGAUUUCUUGCUCACCUGUUCAUAGCCAUGCAGCUAGUUUUUAUUUCAUUUGUCUUCCAUGUGUGAGUAGCACUUCUUGCCAGCAUACACCAUGCAGCUUACAUUACUUUAUAACUCACUCAUUCUAACCUGUGCUCAGUUUUUUCUUCCAUUCAGAGCUGGUUGCAUUUUUCAACUGCAGUCACUGCAAAAGAUGUGGAUCACUUAUGAACAUUUGUCAUUUGUUUUUGUUACCUGACAGUAACAUCCUUUUUAGCUUAAAUGUUGUUUUAAACAGUGUAACUGUUCCUGUUAUCUUAGGACUAUGUCACACUAAGGUCUUUUUAAUGAAUGCAUUUACGGCUGUCAGAAAAGAUUAGCAUUUUAGGUACUGUUAGGGUAAUAGUGACUUUGUUUCAGAUUGAGUUAUGGCAAACUUUAAUUAAAAGUACCAGCAUAAAGUGAUGAAAGGUCCAUGGUAAUUGAGUUGAACAAAAUGAAACACAAAUAAUAAAGAAAGCCUUCUUUGUGCUUGCACAGAAUGAUGAAAAUGGUAAGCUAGAGAGAAGGUUAACAGAAAAAAAUAUAUCUUGUCUUUCAUCUAACUAUAUUGUUUGGAAAGCAAACAUUCAAUCAUUAUCCCUAAAAAUUCUACUUUUGACAGUGCUGUGUCUUUAGGGUUUAAAUGGGUAAAACAUUUGUCUUCAGUUCCCAUGAAAUAUUAAAUCUCUCUUUUAUGGAAAAAAUAGGUUUAUUUUGUUUUACACCAUGUCCAUUCAGUCAACACUUUUUAAAAAAUAAAAUAAACUGCUUACCUGUUACAUUGACUGAGCAAAAUCCAUAAGGAAAUAUGAUCAUCUGUUCAUUUUAUUUUUGUAAAGCAGAUAGGACAUUUUUAAAAUACCUGGCAAACUGCAUAUAUUCUUGAUAAAAAAAAAAAAAAAAAAACAUGAGAAAUCUCAUAAUGAAUAGUCAGCAGUCAGUCCACCAGACUCUCAGUUUUUUCAGAUUUCUGCAUUAAAAAUGUGCAGGCUGAGAAAUGCAUGUGAGUAGUAAUGCCCCCCCCCCCAACCACUACAUAUCCAAUUUUUCAGAUGCUCAACGUGGAAUAUUUCUAAUAGAAAUGAGAUUUUGUAGGGCAGACCAUAUUUGCAACUAAUGCAAAAGACUAGAUUUCACUUUUUUGUCAAAAUAAAAGCUCAUUCAUGUAGAAUUGGUGGUGUUACUGUUUGUUUUAUGUAGUAGUAAGGUAUUUCAGAUACAGAAUUAUUUUAUGCAACCAUUUCACGAAAAGUAAGAAAUAUUUUUUGUCCUAAUAGCUCAGGGCAUUCAUCAUUUUUCAUUUUUUCCACAGGACUCAGCUGCACAAAUAGGAGCUGUCCUGACCAAAGAGGGACAGGUGGUAACCCUACCACAGUCCUGCAGCUGGACCUUUGCCAUUAUAAGGCAUCAUUUCUUAAAUGUGCAGUGCUACUUUUACUAAAGUUGACACUGUGCUGCUUUGAAUUUUCCUCAAGAUGCGUUUCCUGACAUAAAGUAUUCUCCUCAAAUUGGGUAGUAUAAGUUGGCAUAGCAAGUUUAUUACAUGCAGUUCAUCCCCCUUUGGACUUCUUUUUUGUUAUCAUUCUUCCACUACAGACUGGACCAUAGUGGUGUUAUCCCACACAUUUUAAUUAGGCAAAUUAAACUCUGUAUAAGGACAUUGCUUAUAUUGUACGCACGCUGAAGCCUUUGUUAAGGUGAGAUAUUACUGUAUACACAGGAAUGUAACUUCUAGGAAAAUUAAGCAAGUGACUACAAAUGGGCAAAUGGGUGAGCAAGAAAGGCCAGUUUAUGUAAUCUGCUUCAUUCAUUGUGCCUGUCUCUGAAAGACUUAUUCAUACAACUGUUCUUUGUUAGUGUUAAAAAAAAAAAAAAAAAAAAAGACUUCAUUAAAGUGACAGAAUUCAAAGUUAAGGCGUUGUGCAAUCAGAUUUAGAGUGUGGACAUAAAGGUAGCAUUUCAAAUGGAGGUGAGGCACAAGCAGAUUUAGUAACAUUACAUUCAUUAAGUUCUUCUGCAGGAGUCAGUACAUUUGUUUAGUAGAAGUGGAGGUGUUGUCAGCAUUAGUACUCAGCUUUUUCAGAGUGUAAAUGUCUGACUUGUUUACAGGAGCAUAGCAUAGAAUUUGUGUGACCCAAGUAAACACUGUGACUUGGAGGUGGAUUAUUUCAAAUGACAAAAAAAAAAAAAGUUUAUGAUGGUUAGUGACUUUGCAGAUUUGUUUACAUAGCAAGUUGCAUUCCAUAGCAAUAUCCCCAUCUCCUACCUGCGUGAACAGAUCAGUUCACCCAUUGCUCCAAACAAGUACCACAUACAUAAAAAGGCAGAUUAAAAGAAACUGUGAGUUGACAAAUCUCUUCCUUUUCCCAUUCUAACAUCUCCUGAGGGAGGAAGGGUUGUGGCUGCAGUGAUAUACCUCUGACAAGGUAUUUUAGGUAAUGUACACAUGAUCAAAAUGCUUAUGCUUCUUGUUUAGCUGCUUAUAGUACCCCAACUUGGCUCAGCCAUUUGUUCUAGUUUAAUAUGAGAUGUACAUGAUGCCAAGAGAAGAGGAAUCGAAAGUGCUGACAUUCCUGAUAGUUUGACAUAUUCAUUACGUCUAGGUGAGGUGUUAUAAAGUGAAAGCUGUAGAAAGUAACUGCUCUCCGAUAUGUGAUAUGAAUCACUGAAUAAAGUACUACAUAAAUGAAGAGAGAACCAGUUUGUGGCCAUUAGAAACAGGUUGAGUUUGUAUCAGCUUGCUUCCUUGCCAUUUGUAAAUCCUGGCUAUGAAAAUGUGCCCAUAACAUAUUUUCUUAAAGAUUAUUAUGUAUGUUUAUGUUAAUUUGCAGUUAUGGAGAGCUACUCUGACCAUGUAUUCUCACUGCUUAACAUUUCAGCUGUCAGGUCCUGUAUGGAAUUAUACGAAUGUUGGUGGUGAUUUAUCUUUCUUAUUUCACCUUUAAUGUGGGAUAAACAUAAAGCAGAGGUAAUAAAUGUGUAAUUUGCUUUAUAUCAUAUGUAGGCAGUACCAAGAGGAAACUGCUAGAAUUUGUUAUUUAAGAUUGGGUUUAUCAGAUUGUAUACUGAGGCUUGUAGCUCUCAAAAUAUGUGUACCUUUGUAAAAUUACUAUGUUGUUUUGACAAUCUUAUGUUCAUAUGCCAUUUUGGGGGAAAAAAAAUCCUUGCAACCAUGUUAUGGAUAUAGAGUCCCUAAUUUUUAAGUCCAGUGCCACUGGGUGAUUUUAAGAGGCACUGUUGUAACCUUACUGCUGUGUAAGUUUUUUGUUACAUCUGAAGUAAACCAUUUACACUUAUUAGGUGCUUUCUGCCACCUGAUUCCAGGCAUUGUGAAGGAACAAAACUGACAUUUAUUUGUCCUGAAACAUCCUUUACUCGGGUGUUGUUUUUUCCCUUUCCCUUUCCUUGACACUAGGUUGUCAGCUUUAUUUGUGUUUAGGUAUUGAAAGUUGUAGAAUAUAUAAGUUUUGUUAGUUUGCAUGUACUCACCAAACCCUACUGAGAAGAAAUGUUCAUUAUCAGAAAGUAUUAAAUGCAUAUUGAAUGUAGAAGGUAAGUUUAUUUUCAGUAGUUUACAACAUAGUUAUUUUAAGGCAUAUCCUAAAGUGUCAGAUGUGCAGAUUGGUUGGAGUGAAAUACGUUUUACGUUAUGCACAGCAUUUGGGUGUAUGGUUCAUAUGUUGCUUUAAUGUUUGAUGCCACCUUGGAAGAAAUUAAUUAAAAAACACACCAGGUAUAUAUCACGGAUGGAAAGCUGGAGCAGCCUUUUCAGCCUUUCUUCUCUGGUUUCAUAUCAUAGUCUUUCCCUGUCAUUGAUUUAGAUAUUUGGGUGCCUCCUGCCUUCCCUUUCUGAAAACUGCUGCUUUAGCUAAUUAAAAACUCAAAAUGGAAUUAACACAUUUUUAGUUCGGUUAGUAGAAAGUUAAUUUAGGCAGGACCUAAUUAGCUUAGAUGUAGUGGAGUUUAAUGACAGUGCCUUUUAAAGCAAAGGAGGAGGAACAAGGUCUGAUAAGGGACAUUUCUGCUGUUGUCAAACUAUAGGAGUUAAAAUCCUGUUAAUAUUUGUGUACAGCAUGCUCUAUUUAUGUGUUUCCAUGAGUGGCCAGAAAUUGUUCUGGUUGUAUAGUUGAAAUGUAGAAAAUAUUCUGUAAAUAACUUUAUAAAAAUGUCUGUAAACUUUUGAAAAUCAAUCUUAUUUUAUACUGCAUUCAUCAGAGCUUGUACAAAUAUUAAAUAUGUUUAAAAUACUGUAAUAAAAUUGAUUUGUAUGUAAAUUUUUUUUAAAAGUUUAUAAUUAAAGAUAUGCAGUGUGUGAUAAUUUA